CUAUUUCAUACACCUCGCAUCGCGCUUUCCUCUCCCCAACGCAGCUGCCCAUUCGACAUGAAUAUUCGCGCGUUUACCUCUCAGAUGCCUCAUCUAACCUUUCUAGCUCCCUUGUAUAACACAUCCACCUCAGUCUUGGGGGCUUCCGCACUCAUUUGCACCGUUAUCGCUUAUACCAUUGCUAAGAUGUUUGGUUUUGGGUCUCUAAAGAACGAGUUCAUUGUUGAGGGCAAGACCGUUCUCAUCACCGGUGGCUCCGAUGGCAUGGGCAAAGCUGUCGCACUUGAACUGUCCAAGAAAGGCGCCAGCGUUAUCGUAGUUGCUCGCACAAUCUCGAAGCUUCAGGCUGCCGUUGAUGAAAUGAAGGCUGCUGCCGGUAACAGGUUCACGCAGAAGUUCCACUAUAUCAGUGCUGAUCUCAUUGAUCCCGCCGAGUGCGAGCGAGUUAUCGCAGAGGCCACAGCGUGGAAUUCCGGUGCUGCUCCUGACAUUGUUUGGUGCUGCGCAGGCUUCUCUCGUCCCGGAUUCUUCAUUGAUGUGCCCAUCCAAGAUCAUCGCCAGCAAAUGGACACGAUCUAUUGGACAGCCGCCAACACAGCUCAUGCCACGCUCCGCAACUGGCUGGCCCCCGUUCCCCCAAGUGGACAAAUGAAGACCCCCAGGAGACAUCUUAUCUUUACCUGCUCUACUCUGGCAUUCGUGCCCAUUGCUGGCUAUUCGCCAUAUUCGCCUGCCAAGGCAGCCAUUCGUUCACUAUCCGAUACUCUGAGCCAGGAAAUUGAAAUGUACAACGGCGCCUUUACUCAGCGACACCGUACUGAAGCUCCCGCUGCGGAUGUCAAGAUUCACACCAUCUUCCCCAUGGGCAUUCUCAGCCCCGGAUUUGACAACGAACAAAAGACUAAGCCGGAGUUGACGAAGCAACUCGAAGAAGCCGACAAGCCCCAGACACCAAAGGAUGUCGCACAGAUCUCCAUCAGUGCUCUGGAGCGCGGCGAGUACCUCAUCACCACCAUGUUCAUUGGCGCUAUCAUGAAGGGUGCUGCCCUUGGACCCAGUCCGCGAAACAGCAUCCUGGGAGACACCCUGCUGGGCUGGCUCAGCAAUGUGGUGUUCCUACAGGUCAUUCCGGACCUUCGCAACAAGGCGUUCAACUGGGGAAAGAAGAAUGGACUUCCCAAAGGUGCACCGGCGUCAUAGGGGUUGGGUGUAUGCUUACUUUCACAUGGUCCAGCACUUCUUGUAUGUUAUACCCCGAGAUCUGUCUUUUCAGCGUAUCCUUUGUCUGGCCUUGCCGAGACCUAUACCUUUUCCGACUGUGCGAUGUGAUUCUUGGUCGCAUAUCCUAAAUGCACAAACAACCGACAUCAUCCUUAUCGUGGUUUCAAUCGUGUAAUCCUGGUUGUUUCUGUCCUUAAAAAAAAAAGAGAUUUUU